AUGGCAGAAGCUCAGCUUCGAUUCGGAGAUCAAAGCUCUGCUGAUGUAAAAUUGUUUUUGACUGGCACAAAUGACGAAAAGUACGGAAGAAAUCCAAUUUAUCUUCAUUCUCAGAUUCUGAAGAGAUCCAAGUGUUUUGAACCAGAGCUUUCCGCGCACUCGUCAUCUGAUAAGCCAACCGAAAUAUGUGUAAGCAUUUCUCAUGACUUCGAUCACUAUUUAAAAUGCAUUCAACUCAUGUAUGGCGAGAAUGUGCAUUUCUCCAAUAUUGAGGAAUGCCUGGCGAUUCUGUCAGUUGCUUCUGAAAUGUUGGCUGAUUACAGCAUCGAAAAAUGCAUGCAAUAUUUGGAAGCAGUUCGUUGGAGUGCUGAGCAAGAGCCCCGAAUUCGAAAUGUUCUCUCUUCUCUGGAAUUGAAACCUUCACCAGAUUUAGCUGCCAGGCUUCAUCAGGAGGACGACAACCAUAUAGUUUUUGUGGAGAAGAGUAUCCAAGAAAUAGUGUCCCUUAUCAAAGGUGGCGACAACGAUUUAUCCAGUCAGAAAACUGUGGAGAUAUAUUUUGUCCGGAUGUUAGAAGGAAAUACAUCUAGAGAUGUCAUGGCUGUAUGUGGGCGUGUGCUUUUGCAAGAGUUCAAAGAAGCCAUCGAUUCCCGUGAUCUCUCGUCUCUAUGGACGCUGUUUCAACUUAUCCAGUACUGUGAAGGAGAAAUUCUCAAAGCUGCAAUGAAGGCAUUUUGUGAAGAUGUACAAUUUAUGGAGUUUGUAAAGCAGCAGAAAAAUUACCAUCCAAAUACUUUCGGCAUUAUAAUUCCAAAUGUGUUCGACAUUUUAAUGGGUUUUAUGAAGGCAACAGGAGAUGGGAAGUUAAUAAUUUCAAGAGCUUGUCGAGUUUCUUUUCUCACAACUUGGGUUCCAAUCAUGGGACGACUGUGUCGUGAUGGCAGCCGACGACAACUUGGUGAGCUUGAUAAAGCAGUGCUUGACGUGGUUGAGAGCCUCCCUCCAGUGGACAAGAAAAGUAUAUGCGUAGUAUGGGUAAAGGUUUAUAGAGUGAAUAAGAUCAACAUCGCUACGCCAUUUUUACUUUGUCUAAAGAUGUGCAACAUGCCCACUGCAAAUCUGUAG